AUGACCACCACCCUGGGCAACUCCAACGUCCGAGGCGGCCUGUCGCGCCAAACCCGAAUCAAUCCCAUCAGAGUCACAAGGGGCUUCGGCUCCAGCCAACAACGCCACAGCACUCUCACUUCACACGGAGGUCUCUCUAUGGGUCAGUCCCAUUCGAGCAACACCGCGGCGGCAGCAAACUCGGGCCUCCAAAGCAGCGAUCCUGCGCGCCUAUACCCAGCCAUCACACAUUUCGCCGAUGCCAUUGCGGCGUUGCCUCGAGAAUUUCGCAGACACAAUUCGCUGCUGAAAGAGGUGGACGCGAAGGCCUGGCAGGCCGAAGAAAGUCUACAAAAUCUCCUGCAGCAAUGUCUGGCCGAUCCCGUCAUCUCGGCUCCAAACUUGGUGCCAGCUGCGCUGCAGACUGGACCCGGGUCGGCCACCGCAGACGAUGGCGCGAAUGCCAGCGAGGUCAACAGUGUCGCAGGUGCUUCGGUCGAGAAUGCCUCGCUUGCCUCGGUCCGUUCGGCCGAUCCAGUCAUCCUACAGCGCCGACGGCAAUUUCAUGCGUUGAGACAACAGCUGAUGACCAUCAUGGUCACCAUGGACGAAAAGAACCACGUUAUCAACAACGCCAACGAGGAGGUGGCAAAGCACAUUCGUCGACUGGACCGAAUCUGGUCACAUAUUCCCAACGAGCUCUCGGAAGAGACACGACUGGGAAGUCUCAGACACUGGGGAUACCCCGACUUAAAUCCUGUCAAGAAACCUGCGGUACCGGUCCCCCGCAAAGAGGGUGCCACGAGCACCGCCAGCAUACACGAGAGGGAGAUUGCGCAUCGAAGCGAGGCCAGAAGAGAAGCUCUCCUAGCCAGGCGACAACGACACAACCAAGUGGAUUCCGAUUUCGACGAGGCCAGACCCGCAGCCCGCAGGACCAACCACACCCCCAAUCCCACUCCCAAUCCCAACCUCAACCUCAAUACAAACCCCAACGGCAAAAAGCGUGCCGUCGAUGCGGCGCCGGACUCGGCUGGUCUGGGGAUUUUGGGUGCUAGUGCGGCAAAAAGGAAGCGACCAGACAAGCUGGGAGUGGGCGGUAUUGGCAUGGAGCGUUCAACCAGCAGUACCAUGGGGAGCCGGCCGAUGUCAAGGGAGAAUUCUCAGCAGGACAACGCCAAAAAGAGGAAGGCAUCGGCCGCUCCGACCACGGUAGCUCGGAAAAGAAUCAACGCCUCGGCUCAAGACUCGCCCAAGCUUGCCUCCUCCCCUCUUUCCGGGACGACAGGAAAAGAAGCAUACAAGAGAAGUCCUGCCUUGUCCACCGUACGGCCAGCUGGACGCGGCCGACAGAAUUCCACACAGGCAGUGGAAAGCGCACGAGCACGGCCUUCGUCCUCGGCCUCGAACAAGAACGGCAGCAGCAGCAACUUUACUGCCAGCACGCCGGAGGUGAACAAUGUCGCAGGCCUGGCGGGGAAGAGUAUGACCGAGAGCAAACCUGCAAUGAAAGAGAACAAGACCGACAAAGGAGAGCGGCUACUUGAAGACAAGGUCACAACCGGCACUGGUUCAGAUGGCGAGGCGCCGUUGCGAAGUGCGACCCUGGUAGAAAGAACGGUCAGCAGGCAGGAGGGCGCGACCCAAGGCGAGCUGUCUGAUGACGGUCCCACGAGAGCAAUUGCGUCGCCGCGUCUUCCACUGGCAGUGCAGACCAUCGAACUGAAAUCCGAACGACCGGGAAGAGGUAGAGCCUCGAAGACGUCGACACCUGUAGCAGGAACCUUUGCCGAGGCUGAGGAGGCCGAGACGGGGUCGACCAACGGCAACGGUCAUCAUGGCAAAUCCAAACGACCAUCCAGACCGAGGGUGAAAGAUCACGGGCUCCACGAUUCUCUUUCGCCCAAAGGAUUGCCGAUGAAGCGGCAGCACAAGAAAAGUUUGAGCUUGUCGACCUUACCACCACCUUUGGCCACCACUCAGCGACUGAAGGAAGAAAAUGACGCGCCCAAUUCCACCACGUCUUCGGAGCGAGGCGGUCUAGACAAUGACGUCGGGGAUGACGAUGAAGAAGUCGACGGUGGCGAGGACGACGAGGAGAGAUAUUGUUACUGUCAAGGCGUCAGCUAUGGAGAGAUGGUGGCCUGCGACAAACCAGACUGUCCGAGACAAUGGUUCCACCUCGACUGUAUUGGACUGAAGAGUGUGCCUAAAAGUGCCAAGUGGUACUGUGACGAGUGUAAGGAGGCACUGGCCAAGAAGGGAAGAGUUGCGGGUGGUGGAAAUGGGAACGGGAAUGGGAGUGGCAAUAUCAAUGGGAGCGGGAGUGGAGGUGGAAGUGGAAGUGGAAGUGGAAGUGGAAGUGGCAAUGACAACGACAAUGGCAAUGGCAAUGAAAGUGGAAGUGGAAGUGGGAGCGGGAGUGCGAGUGGGAAUGGGAAUGGUAGGAUUGGAAUUGGAGAUGGAACUGGAAAUGGGAAUGGGAAUGGGAAAUAG